GUGGGGCGAGGAUAGCAUCUCGACCUUACGGGCUUCUACUAGCGUCCGGUUCCGGGCCGGGGUUGGGGUCCUGAGGGCCGCGGAGCCCUAGGGCUGGCGUCCAAGCCAGGUUGGGCUGCUUGCUGCCUCGCGUGUGCAGCAGGCGGUCGCCUGGUCAGCGGUGGGAGGUGUCACAGCCCGGUGCCCCCGGCGGCCGGUAUUAAACCGGCGCGAUGUUAUUCUCGCUGCGGGAGCUGGUGCAGUGGCUGGGCUUCGCCACCUUUGAGAUAUUCGUGCACCUGCUGGCCCUGUUGGUGUUCUCUGUCUUGUUGGCACUGCGAGUGGAUGGCCUGGCUCCGGGCCUCUCCUGGUGGAACGUCUUUGUGCCCUUUUUCGCCGCGGACGGGCUCAGCACCUACUUCACCACCAUUGUUUCCGUUCGUCUCUUCCAAGAUGGGGAGAAGCGACUGGCUGUACUGCGCCUCUUCUGGGUUCUCACCGUCCUUAGUCUCAAAUUUGUCUUUGAGAUGCUGCUGUGCCAGAAGCUAGUGGAGCAGACUCGAGAGCUCUGGUUCGGCCUGAUCACGUCUCCAGUCUUCAUUCUCCUGCAGCUGCUCAUGAUCCGGGCUUGUCGCGUCAACUAGCCUGCAGUGGCUGGAAAUGGAGCACUGCGCAGAUGGAGCUCUGGACCUCCCAGUCCUGACCCUACUUGGUGCCACACUGGUGGAGCUUUGGUCAGAAAUCAUUGUCUAUUUGUGCCCAGUUUAUUGCCCAGUUUUCUUUAUAUCUAAGAUCGUUUUCUCGAGCAAAACUUAAAAUGAAGCCUCGUUUAUUAAAACUUCUUUCCAGUUA